AUGAUUGAAAGCAAAGUCCGAAGCUUGCAGUAUAUUUUUGGGUUCCCUCAAAUUACAGACCUAUUUGAUGUCUCUGAACGACAAGGGCAGGGUACAUUUGCCUCUGUCUUAGCUGUCAAAAGUAAACAGGAUCCUGAUGAAUCCAAAUAUUAUGCUUUGAAAAUGAUUAUCCCAACAGUCGAUGUUCGUAGAAUUGAGAAUGAAAUUCGUAUUUUGAGAAGAUUGGGUGGUAAACAUAAUGUAAUUCAAAUGCAUACAGCAAUGCGGAUUCGUGAUCAUGUCUUCAUUUUAAUGCCUUUUAUUGAUUACAUCCCUUUCACAGACUAUUAUUUAACUGCAGAUGAGAAAGAAAUCAGACGAUAUAUGCGCACACUCCUCUCAGCUUUAGCUCAUGUUCAUAAAUACAAAGUAAUUCACCGUGAUGUAAAGCCUACAAACUUUCUUAUGGAUCAAAAAACGAAACAAUUUUUUCUCGUAGAUUUUGGUCUGGCACAUUCUGAAGAGUUUGGUGAUAUUGAUGAAAGAUGGGAGCGCAAAUUUGAAAUCAACUCUGAUUCAGAUACAAAGAAAAAUGAAUUAAUGAAAAGAGUUUCAAGUUUCCCUCGGACAAAUCUUAGCAUAACAGAGAAUAACCAGCGUGUAGAUGUAACAAACAGAGAAAACAGUUAUACUCAUAAACGAGAUUCCAUGGAUUCUACAAACUCAUUAUUCGCUUAUAAGCGUAAUUCUUCGAAAAUUGAUAAAUCAUCAUUUAAAGGCUCAUCGAUCAAAUCCAGUCAACAAAUAUCAAGUAACCUAACACAAUCUUUAGGACAAGGAGGAUGUGUUUGUGGUUCACGUCUCACUGUAUGUCGUGGUUGUCGACAUUUACCUCGAGCACCGAAUGUUCGUAGGGGUGGAACACUUGGAUUUAGACCUCCGGAAGUAAUGAUGCGUCAUAUCGAACAAACAACUGCUGUUGAUAUAUGGGCUGUUGGGAUUAUAUUUAUUUCUUUCCUUUCUGGUCGUUAUCCUUUUAUAAAAGUAGACGAUGAUUUAGAUGUACUUCAUGCUUUCACUCAUCUAAUUGGAUAUGAACGCAUGCAAAUGGGUGCCAGAAGCAUUGGUAGGAGACUGUUACUUGAUCCUAGACCACCACCUAUGGAAGCCAGUGAUUCACCUGUUGUCUGGCUUAAAACAAGAUGCUCUGCAAUUAGACUAUAUGAGAAAAAAUUCGCUGGUCUACCUCCUUUAUUACGUAAAACUACAGUAAAGUCAUCUAAUUUAACCAAUGAUAAUUCUGUACAAACUACAGAAUUAUCUAAUGGGAAACCAAUGAUUGCUUUAUCCUCAACGCAUAUUUUUCCCACUUCAGCUUAUGAUCUUUUAGCUCGUCUAUUAGAACCAUGCCCACAGAAACGAAUUACUGCUCAAGAUGCACUUCGUCAUCCAUAUUUUUGUAAUACUAAAACUCAACGACAUUCUAGUAUACCAUUAAAAUAUCCAAAUAUACAAUCAAGUUCACUACUUCAUAAACGUACAUCUCGUUCAAGUUUUUGUGAAUCAACAACAAAUUUUAUACCGAGACCACAAUUUUGUUGA